AUGUUUCAGUAUAUUAAAGUUGUACAGAGAAAAUGCUGAUUAGAUUUAAUUUGCGUGUGUGUUUUUCACGAGUUACCAGUAAAAAAAACCAUACGUGACAUUAACUUUGAACUUCUGACUUUACUGUAUGUGUGUCAAAAUGUUUUAAACGUGAUCAUAAACAUUGAUGAACACGUCUGUCCAGUUCAACCAACACACCGCACUACACUGAAUACACUCCUCAUGGAGGAAUGCUAUUGAGCAAGUUGAAAUGCGAUCACUGUGUUUCAGUGGGUCACAAAGACUUGAAAGGAUCGAGAACGACAUGCAUGUUCAGGUAGUCCCCAGGUAGCACAUAAGAUUUGCUGGAUCCUACAUGCCACGGCGACAUUUGUUUUUGCGUCUUUCUGUGGGAAUGAAAGCAAAGGCACGACACUGAAUGUGUCACACGGGAGCACAGCACAGACGGCUGCUAUAAAAGGGACGAUGGAGCAGGAAGAAAUGCAUCCGAACCACACAACUCCCCAUAUUUCACCAGCACCCAGCAAACCUGUAUUUCCUGGUUACUACUCACUCAUCCCUUUGGUUGUGCUCAUACUGAUUGGAUGUAUAGUGGCAGUGGUUGUUUAUAUCAGAAGAAAAAUGAGAUUGGACGAUUUGCGGCAUAGGUUGAUUCCUCUGUACACCUACGACCCUGCAGAGGAACAGGAAGACUGGGGUGAUGCUGGCAGGGAGGACGAGGAUGCAGAGCUCAAUGAACCUUUGUACAAGGAGGCACAGCUCACCAUUUCCUCUGGCUACGGAACAUGAUCACAAAUUUCAGAAGAAACUCAUUUAAGCAAAUAAAUCUUCAUUUGCUGUACAUGCUGCACAGCAGCAGCUUGCUGCCUGGAUUCAAAGUGUAUAUAGAGGUUGUGGUUGAAACGUGACUUAAAGCAAACACCAGAUGGCGAUGUAACAUUGCCUUUUUACCUCAGCUGAAAUUAUUUUUUUUAAUAGGCUGCACAGAGUUUUAUUUUAAAGGACAAAGCAAAUGUUAUUCCUGUGCAAUAAACUGGAAGUUUAAAGCUU